GUGUUUUAGCGGGGACGGCGGUCCCGGGCUUGGAGCUGCGCGAAGGCGGGUGGGAAGCGCCCGUCGCUCGGCGGACACCGCGGGCUGGAGCGGAGGACCUGCGUGCCUCGCCCUGCCCUGCCCAUGUCACCAGCCCUCCGCUGAGAUCUACACGUCCUGCCCGGGCACGCGUGCGGAUGCGGGUGUCCCCGGAGACGGGAAGCGUCCAUCGCACCGCGGCGAUGGAGGUAAAUUGUUUAACACUAAAAGACCUGAUCAGCCCCAGGCAGGCCAGACUAGAGUUUGCUGUUGAAGAUGCAGAAAAUGCACAAAAGGAAAAUAUAUUUGUUGACCGAUCAAGGAUGACUCCCAAGACCCCAAUGAAAAAUGAACCGAUUGACCUGUCAAAGCAAAGAAUCUUUACUCCAGAAAGAAACCCUAUUACUCCGGUAAAGCUGGUUGACAGGCAGCAGCAGGUGGAGCCAUGGACACCCACAGCCAACCUGAAGAUGCUUAUCAGCGCAGCCAGCCCAGACAUAAGAGACCGAGAGAAGAAAAAGGAGCUGUUCAGGCCCAUUGAGAAUAAAGAGGAUGUAUUUGUGAACUCCCUGCAGCUUGAAGUUGUUGGUAACAGUGCUGUGGACGACUACGAAAAGCAAAGGCCAAGCAGGAAACAGAAAAGUUUAGGGCUGCUGUGCCAGAAGUUUCUGGCUCGCUAUCCAAGUUAUCCCUUGUCAACUGAGAAAACCACCAUUUCCCUAGAUGAAGUCGCCGUCAGUCUUGGUGUGGAAAGGAGGCGCAUCUACGACAUCGUAAAUGUGCUGGAGUCCCUGCAUCUGGUCAGCCGGGUGGCUAAGAAUCAGUAUGGCUGGCAUGGUCGGCACAGCCUGCCCAAAACCCUGAGGACACUACAGCGGCUGGGAGAAGAACAGAAAUACGAAGAGCAGAUGGCCUGCCUCCAGCAGAAGGAAUUGGACUUGGUGGAGUAUAGGCUUGGAGAACGAAGGAAAGAUGGGUCUCCAGAUCCCCAGGAUCAACACCUACUUGAUUUUUCUGAGUCCGACUACCCCUCUUCAUCUGCAAACAGUCGAAAAGAUAAAUCUCUAAGAAUUAUGAGCCAAAAGUUUGUCAUGCUGUUCCUUGUCUCCAAAACCAAGAUCGUUACCCUGGAUGUGGCCGCCAAAAUCCUCAUAGAAGAAAGCCAAGACACCCCAGACCACAGUAAAUUCAAAACAAAGGUACGACGGCUCUACGACAUAGCCAAUGUUCUGACCAGCUUGGCUCUGAUAAAGAAAGUGCACGUUACAGAAGAGCGAGGCCGCAAACCAGCCUUCAAGUGGAUCGGGCCCGUGGACUUCAGCUCCAUUGACGAAGAACUAUUGGAUGUCUCUACAUCUGUCUUACCGGAAUUGAAGAAAGAAACAUAUGGCCAGAUUCGAGUGUGUGCAAAGCAGAGGCUGGCGCGCUACGGUUCCUUUAACACGGUUCAGACAUCUGAGAAGAUACAGAGGAAAGUGAGCUCGGAACCCAGCAGCCCCCAGGGAGGAAAACAAGGGUCAGCGUAUUCCCUAGAAAUUGGAAGUCUGGCAGCCAUCUACAGACAGAAAGUAGAAGAUAAUUCACAGGGGGGAGCCUUCUCCAGUAAGAGAGUGGUGCCUCCAGCAAGCGGCUUGGACCCCGCCCUCCCCGUUGACUCCGAAUAUUGCGUGAAGCCUGUAGCCCACCCAGUGUUCUCUGUUGCUCAAACAGACGUGCAGGCCUUCACCACACAGAAUGGUCUAAAUGGACAAGUAGGUGUCCCCCUUCCUGCUGCAGCCUCCGACACAGAGGGCUUAAAGCCAGCUCUGCUUGCCAGCCAGCCCCUGGUCUACGUGCCCUCCACCUCUCUGUUCAUGCUGUGCGGGAGCCUGCAGGAGGGACUGUCCCCAGAGUCGAGAUCAGAGGAGGAUGGCGGUGGCUCAGAAGUCCCAGCCGACCUGUCACUGACACCCUCCUCUCAGAAGCGCCUGUGUGAGGAGAGGGAUCCUCAGGAGGAGGAUGAGCCUGCCAUGAAAAGACAAAGUCAGGAGUUUGAAGACAGCCCCUUAUCUCUAGUCAUGCCCAAGAAACCCUCAAAUCCCGCAGACCUCGCCUGCCCUGUGACCACGGGGAAUGGGAGAGGUACACCCCCGGAAGACGCCCGUGCGAAGGGUCAGCUGCCUGCGGCAGAAGUGUCAGGAAAGGCUGCUGCAAACUGCUUCGUUGCUUCUGACUGUGGAAACCCUUCAAGAAGCCCAGACACUGAAAAGCUUUCAAAUGAAAACGAGAUCACCAAAGACCCAUCCCUGAUGCCUUACCUGUAUGUGCAGUCUCCGGCAGGGUUAAAUGGUUUCAACAUGCUCUUACCUGGUGGGCAAAACCCCCACACGAUGGGGCCGUCCUCGGGUCAGCUGCCGUCCUUCGGUGUCCCCUGCAUGUUCGUACCGUCUCCAGGCUUGGGCCCCUUUCCAGUUCUCUAUUCACCAGCAAUUCCCGGGCCCAUCUCUUCAGCUCCCGGCACUCUGCCGAACCCGGGACCCAUGAAUUUUGGCUUGUCCACCCUGGGAUCUACAGCUCAUGUUCUCAUCAGCCCUGCAGCCAUGGUCAGUCCGAAGUCGUCCACCCUCCCUGCUGCAGACCCUCAGCUUCACUGUCAGCCCUCACUAAACCUGAGUCCGGUGGUGCCAGGCUCGCACGGUGUCAUCCACCCCGAGUCCCCCAGCUACGUGAGACAUCCGGUAUCGAUGGUAAAAGUAGAACAGUCGCCUGCACCAGCGACUCCUGAGAGCAUCCAACGGAGACAUCGGGAAACGUUUUUCAAGACCCCUGGCAGCCUUGGAGACCCUGUCUUUAGGAGAAGAGAAAGGAACCAAUCCCGAAAUUCUAGCUCAGCCCAGAGGAGACUAGAAAUCUCUAGCAGCGGGCCUGACUAGCCUGAUGCUUCCGUGGGUGGGGCGGCCUCAGCCUCUGAAGUUCCCUGUGUCCCAGACAAAUGUCCUAAAUGGAACACAGGCCGUCCUGGCCCUCAGCUCCUGUCCUUGCAGUCCCGCCUCCACUGGUCCCGCUAACUUCCCAAUAUCAUGAGUCAUCUAUUUUCCUGGAAGUAAACUAUUACUAAUUAUGCAUUUAACACCAGCGAGAGUCCAGGCUGUGCUCGGCGUCACAGCGGGAAGACUGUGUCUGUCGCUGGUGUGGUCUGAUGGAGAAUCGUCUGAUUUCCGGAAGUCAGUCCUAACAGGCUGCUAGAGCCUUGUGGGUUUUCUGAAGGGGGUUGUCUAGCACUUAACCAGGGUAAGUGUUGGUGUGCCUUCCCACGUGCCCUGAGCAAGUCUGCGAUGAGAACUUUCUCUGCAGCCUAAACACGCUACCGCUCCCUGGGGCCCAGGGGAGCUACCUUCAGUUACAAAUCCUACGGUAUUAUUUAUUUUGUCCCUGAAGCGGGACUUAACUGCACAAAGUUUACAUCAUCCCAACAUGUAUUUUUUUCAGGGUAUCGCGACUUGAAUGUUUAUCUUUUUUUUUUUUUAAAUGAUUUGCCCUGCACUUACUCUACAACUUCUUAAUAAUGUGGAUAAAUGUACAUACAUGACAAAUGUCAAGACCAAAAUAACUGUGAAUGCGCCACCUAGCUGUUAAUGAACUGUGCUGACCACGCCUGGGGAGUGUAGAAACGGAAACUGAAGUCUAGGUGCCUUGUGGCUCUUCCUCCAGUAACUGAACGAUGAGGUUUCCCUGUUUGUUUAAAACAAGACAAAUCCUACUGUGCUCAGCCUCCUCCACUCAGUGGCCUGCGUUUUUUAAUUUAAAUGUUCACUGCAGAGUAUCAGGUGUGCACGCUUUCUUGCACUUGCCUAAGAUGAAUCAGGACGACAGGAACGGGGGAUAUUGGAACCUGGAUGAGAGUUUGGGUUGAAUUAUGAAGCAUGAUGUCACAGAAACAUGUAGAGCAAUAGACUUUUAUUUUUCUUAUUUCCCUCGUGGUAGAGGGGGGAAGAAGGAAAAUGGGCACAUUCUGUCCAUUUUCAAGAGUCCUUCAGCUCUGGCCUUCACAGAACCAUGAGCAGGGGCAGGUGUUCUAACAGAUACAGUUCUGGAAACUGUUGCACAUAGCCCUUUCUGAGCCCUGUUGCUCUAGGGUUCUCUGUACUGCGUUGAUGAGUACUUUUACCUCACUCUUGUCUCUUCAAAAUCAGCCCCUUUGCUUUUCUACUUCCUUUUUUCCUCUUUUCUUCCUUCAGUCUUUUUCUCCUUAAACGUCUUAGAUUUAGAGCCUUAAUAUAAGGCUGUUUUUUUGUUUUUUUUUUUUUUGUAUUUUUGUACCCUGUGAAAUACUAUAUAAAAGAAUAAAAAAUAAUUUAAGAGACUCUGGGAGUCUGAUCCAAGUAGCUUUAUAUUAACUACAGGACACCGUUAGCCUUACUACCCCAACACUAGCGUUUGGAAACUUGAGUUGGGUGGCCUGCUUAACACGUUCGCUACUUAGCAAAUUCUUCACCAACACUAAGCUUAAAAGUUGCAAAAUGGCAUUGUUCCCCUUUUUAAAUUUUCUUUUUCUUGAGUUAGGUUAAAAAUUGCACAGUGGCUAUGACCUUGAACCCACACUACUGGUUCCUUGCUGGAACAUGAAAACGGCCCCCUUUCCGGAGUUUAUCGGACGGACAUGCGUCAAGUAAGUGCUUGCUCGCGUGGAAACCUGUCAUGUUUGUGAACUCCCACAAAGCGUCUUCAUCAGGUCCACAUUUCAGUAGAAGCAAAAACCUUUCCCCUUCUCUUGUUCCUGGAUAGCAAUCAUUUAUUUUAACCUUUUGCUGUUCUUUAUCAUUAAAGUUAUUCUGUUUGUGAACUAGCCUCAAAGAAUUUAUGAUUCUUGGGAGGUAUCAGGAAACAGUUCCAUCAAUAAAAAACAAAAGCUACUUCUGUAUUAGGGUCCCCCUUGGUGUGCCUUUUGGCUCUUCCGGAAGACUAAGGGCGUCUGAAGCUGUACAGGCAGAGCUGAGGGCCUGGGACGGAGAAGCGGCGGCAAUCUGGAGUCUUGUCCAAUUUAGUGCAAGAAGACAUAACUGUUAGUGGAAGGCACGAGCUCCGAGUCAGCACUGGGGGGCUGCGCUGCCUCAGUCCGUGCCGUACCGGGUUUCCAAAACCCUCGAGUUCUGGUACAAGAGUUGGGGGUAUGACUUUUAUACUUGAACCUACCUACCGAGUUUACAUUGCUCAACGUAAGGUGCUAUUUCUGUAUUUAAGGAACUCAAGUGUAAAGCUGCUUUCUGCUUAUUGCACUGCUGGGUCUGUGUAGGUUUUAAUUAUAAUGCUGUGUACUGCUUGGGUUUCGUGGGUCAGGCUCUACUCUUUCCUCGUGGCUAUCUGACAUGUGGCCGUUCACUUGUAACUCUACUACAUGUAAACCAAUCAUUUCUCCUCUUAGAAAAAGAUUAAGCUUCAUGAAGUAGCAGUGAGAAUAAAUGCAUUUAGUAAAA